CGUCACUAUAAUUUUGGCAACGUUGGCUAUGGGCCAGAUAUUUUUGUGUAAACAUUCGAAGGGAGAAUCAUGUUAUGAAAUUCAGGAUUAUUUUUGUGACGAUCCUGUUUAUAGAUAUAACAGCGCAGUAUUCUUUAUAUAUAAAAGAUGAAACCGUUUCAACAGAAAACAAGAGGGUUAUCCAAAGUCAUACGACCGACCAGUUAUACAUACAGAAUACAACACCAAUAAUCUCCAGUGAACGCGAUUCUGUUUUACAAAGACCCGAGACGUUGCCGAGUACAAACAUUUCCAGGAAAAAACGUCGACGUCGGCGGUUCGAUUAUGAAGACUCACAUGACUGGAAUUACGAUUUGGAUGAUUUAGAUUACGACGAAAAUAACAAAGAAGCAAUGAUAUCUGUCAUAACGAAGAACUGGAAGACACUGCUGUUCAAAGCUUUUGUUUGUUUGUGCUUUUUCUGCUUCAUAGUUUGCUGUUGUUACGUGUGUUGUAAGAACAUGUGCCGGACCAUCUGUGCCUUCUGUGGUCUGUUCUUUUCUAACUGUUUCAACAUAUGUAGAUUAUGUGGAUGUAUUAAGGACGAUCCAGCUUACAACCAAAUGAAGUUUAUAUGCAAAGCUAUGGGAAUGGAACUUGACUAUAAGACCUACCAGAACAUGAAGCAAAGUCUUGAAGAGACAAUUAUAGAACAGGGUUCUGAUCCUAACAACCUAGCAAAGAUUGCGGGCUAAAUACUAACAAGAAUAGUAAUCCAUGAAAGUUGCAGGGAAUCCAGAGAAAAAGUAUAGUUUGACGCAGAUAUCUAGAUUCGAUCCACGCGAAACACAUGUACAUUAGCAAAUAAAAUAAAAAUAGAAUGAAGCCAGCUAUAGGAAUGACAACGAGAAACUGCGAAAAACACGAGCUGUAGUGAUCAAUUUAUUAUUAGGAAUAAAUGCAUUAUGAUGAGAGAUUAUGUUAUGAGGUUUCCUGCAAUUAAACUAUUGCAUUUCUGCCUACUGCAAAAUUAGGAGAAUAAUGAUUUUGUUUGGUAAAAACAAGUAAACAAAUUUGUUAAAUUAUUCUUUGUGCAUGAUUCCACAAUUGUUUAAAGAGGGAAUAAGUGUACGUGUGCUCACUUUAUAGAAAUGUUAUGUUUCUUUUUAUUUUUUUUUAUUGAUGUAUCGGUAACAGCAUCUUUACAGCAGGACUAUACUUUUAGCGUUGUAGUCGCCUUCACAUAUACUCACAUACAUGUAUGCAUAUACAUGUAAAUUGGUGCAUAAACUAACAUUAUCUAGCUAUGGUUUUUGAUUAAAACACCAACGACAGUCGUUAAAAUUGGUUCAGUCAUUUUAACUGAAACACAGAUUAAAGAUAACCAAA